GAUGAGAAUGAGGGACUGCUCAAGCGUAAUAGUGGCGGUUAGUGGGUGGAUCUGUUAACCUGGAUGUUUCUGCAGCCCGAAGGAGGGUCUGCAGCAUCACAUCGCACACACGAACACGAGUUAUGUGUAUUACAAGUCUGUAUUGCAUAUGGUGUGUGUGUGUAUUAUAACGAGAUUAAGAAAAAAAAAGUUUAGCUUCAUGUGUGCAUGCCUGCAGAAAUAUUAGUAGAUUAUUUUAGAUUACCAGGGUUUAGAUCGAAGUGUGAUGGCAAAAAUGCUCCCUGGUCCUGUUUUGAAUGAUCGUGCCCUAGUUGGUUAGAAGGAUGGUUAACCCAAAAAUAAAGUUCCUAAUGUUGACCAAACCUGAAUGACUUUAAAUUUGUGGAACACAGUCAAAGAUGUGCUUGUAGUGAAGCAGUUUUUUUAUCCAUUGACUUGCACUGUAUAGGACAAAAAAGACAGGGAUAUUUUCAAAAUAUCUUCUCUUGUGUUCCACAGAAGAAAGAAAGUCAUUGAGGUUUGGAUUGACACGAGGCGGACCGAGACAAGGAGAACAAGCACCACCGGCGCAGUGGCUCGAGGAGUCGCAGCAGAGACCGGGACAGGAAGAGAAGGAGCCGCGACAGAGACAGAGAAAGAAGAGGCAGUCGAGACCGACAUGGAGACAGCAAAGACCGCAGACACAGACGCAGUCGUUCUCCACACCGUGAGAAGAAAAAGAUUAAAGUGAAGAAAUAUUGGGAUGUUCCUCCUCCUGGAUUUGAACACAUCACACCCAUGCAGUACAAAGCCAUGCAGGCUGCUGGUCAGAUACCAGCCACUGCUCUGCUGCCCACAAUGACCCCUGAGGGUCUGGCUGUGACCCCAACACCUGUUCCUGUCGUGGGAAGUCAAAUGACUCGACAAGCCCGACGGCUGUAUGUGGGCAACAUCCCAUUUGGAAUCACAGAGGAGUCUAUGAUGGACUUCUUCAAUGCUCAGAUGCGUUUGGGAGGCCUGACUCAGGCCCCAGGCAACCCUGUUCUUGCUGUCCAGAUCAACCAGGACAAGAAUUUUGCCUUUUUGGAGUUCCGCUCUGUAGAUGAGACGACACAGGCCAUGGCAUUUGAUGGCAUCAUUUUCCAGGGACAGAGUUUAAAGAUUCGCCGACCACAUGACUACCAGCCUCUGCCAGGCAUGAGCGAGAAUCCAAGUGUCUACGUCCCAGGUUCUCUCCCUGUAGGCGUUGUGUCCACGGUGGUACCCGAUUCGGCCCAUAAACUCUUUAUUGGGGGUCUGCCAAAUUACCUCAAUGAUGACCAGGUCAAAGAAUUGCUGACAUCGUUUGGUCCUCUGAAGGCUUUCAAUUUGGUGAAAGACAGCGCUACAGGCCUGUCUAAGGGCUAUGCCUUCUGUGAAUAUGUUGACGUCAAUAUCAGUGACCAGGCCAUCGCAGGGCUAAACGGGAUGCAGCUUGGGGACAAGAAACUCCUGGUCCAGAGGGCAAGCGUCGGUUCCAAGAACACUACGCUGACGGGUAUAAACCAGACUCCAGUCACACUUCAAGUUCCAGGCCUCAUGAACAGCUCUGUGAACCAGAUGGGCGGCAUUCCCACAGAGGUGUUGUGUCUGAUGAACAUGGUGGCCCCAGAGGAGCUGCUGGAUGAUGAAGAGUAUGAGGAGAUUGUGGAAGACGUCAGAGACGAGUGCUCCAAAUACGGCCAAGUCAAGAGCAUCGAGAUCCCACGGCCUGUCGACGGAUUGGAUAUUCCUGGCACUGGAAAGAUCUUUGUGGAGUUUAUGUCAGUAUUUGACUCCCAAAAGGCAAUGCAAGGUUUGACUGGAAGAAAAUUCGCCAACAGAGUGGUGGUGACUAAAUACUGCGACCCUGAUGCCUAUCACCGCCGCGACUUCUGGUAGAGACUGGAGAGAUUCAAGAGCAAGAGACUUGGAGAGAGACACAGAUGGUGUGACUUCUAUCUCUCGGAAACCCCUUAUUUCGUAGAUUUAUGAGGUCAAAGAAUGUGUGAGCUUUUUUUUUUUUUUUUUUAAUCUAGCAGUCUCAAAACAAGACUUGUAAUUGGUCAGAAUGUAGCAAAUCAGUCUUUUUUAUUUUGACAACAACAUUGGAAGUAUGUGCAAAGCUUUAAGAUGGAAAUAAAAUAGA